CCUCCGCCCCCUCGCUGUACCCAGUCGAAUCUUGAGGUGCACGCGCGAGGAGAGCGGGCUGCGGGCGCUUGACAUGGCGGCAGCGGCGGCGACUGCAGCGACCAAGGGGAAUGGGGGCGGUAGUGGCCGAGCCGGGACUGGGGACAACAGCGGCACGCGGAAGAAGAAGGGCCCCGGGCCUGUGGCCACGGCGUACCUGGUCAUCUACAAUGUGGUGAUGACGGCGGGGUGGCUGGUGAUAGCAGUUGGGUUGGUGAGAGCAUACCUGGCUAAGGGGAGCUACCAUAGUCUUUAUUAUUCAAUAGAAAAGCCUUUGAAGUUCUUCCAAACGGGAGCCUUACUGGAGAUUUUACAUUGUGCUAUAGGGAUUGUGCCAUCUUCUGUUGUCCUGACUUCUUUCCAGGUGAUGUCAAGAGUUUUCCUAAUAUGGGCAGUGACACAUAGCGUCAAAGAGGUGCAGAGUGAAGACAGUGUACUUCUGUUUGUUAUUGCCUGGACAAUCACGGAAAUUAUCCGUUACUCCUUUUACACAUUCAGUCUAUUAAACCAUUUGCCUUACAUCAUCAAAUGGGCCAGGUACACACUUUUCAUCGUGCUGUACCCAAUGGGAGUGACAGGAGAGCUACUCACAAUAUACGCAGCUCUGCCCUUUGUCCGACAAGCCGGCCUGUACUCCAUCAGCUUACCUAACAAAUACAACUUCUCCUUUGACUACCAUGCAUUCCUGAUUCUGAUCAUGAUCUCCUACAUUCCACUUUUCCCCCAGCUGUACUUCCACAUGAUACACCAGAGAAGAAAGGUCCUUUCUCACACCGAAGAACACAAGAAGUUUGAGUAGCUCUCCACACCACCCCAAACCAAACUUUUCAAUGAUCAAAAAAUGCUGCAGACUUUUUGAGUUCCCAGUAAGAACUAUUUUUAAAAUAUUAAAUACAAAACAAAAUAAAAAACCAAAAUCCAGUGUCACACGGGCCUGGGAUUUUAUAAAAAAUAAAAAUAAAAAGAUGAAAAAUGCAAAAGGCUGUUACAUAAAGCAUCCUAGCUGGUCUUUUCAGCAUGCUCUGACCAGAAGUUGCCAAUUCCUAUGAUGGCGCUAGAAGGGGGUUGGCCUUUAUCUCCUCCAUGUCCUCCACUCAUCUGGCAGUAGAGAGUGUACACCCAGGGCCUAGAGCUGCGGUCUGAGGGGCAACAGUGUUCCAACUGACUGCCCGGCUUGCAGCAGAAGCUAGGCUGCAGUCUGCGUGUGGCUAGCCUUCCCCUUCUCAAAGUGCUUGACUGCAUGCUGGAAACUGUGCUCUGGAAUGCUCUGAAGUUCUGGCUAGGACCUAGCCCCACGUAUCUAGUGAAUGAGUUACAAGACAUAUAUGGCUAAGAAGCUUUGGGUAGUGCCUGUAACCAGAAAACCACUAAAAGCCUUUCAUUUGUUUUCGAUUGAGUCGUUACUGCCUGCCGCUGAGAACCAUGCUUGAACUUAGUAAGUCCGUGUAAGCUCUAAGGACUCUUGCGUGGAACUUGGCUUCAGUCAGAUUCUAACAAGCCACGGUGUGAGAGGGAAAGCUCGGUGCCUGGGAAAUGCUGAGUACCUUCCGUGUACUUUGCUCAGAGUACGGGUGUGUCCUGCCCAGCGAGAUCCUUCCUGACAGACUCAGAGCCCGUCUUGCCACACAGGAGGAGGAAAUCUGUAAUUAAAGGCACUUGCAAAGGCUUGCUUUACCACCAUGGUCCGCAGAAGGCAUUCAGAAAUAGAUUUUACUUACUUUUUAUUUUAAUUUUUACUCUUAUGUUUAGGUACCUUUCCUGAUUGUGUUCCUAUGUAAUUCUCACCAAGUUGUAAGUCCAGAAACAACACAUGUUCUAGGAAAGGCUACAGGUAACACUGUCCCCCCGUGGGUCAGAGCAGCCGAUCUGCUCCGGACUGGCCCUGUCUGACAGUGUCUUCACAGUGCUUCCUCACUCACCUGUGUAUCUAAGUCUCCUUAGGAAUGGUUUGGAGAGGCCACAGGCAAAGCCCAGGCCCGCCCAGCCCACUGCUUCCACAGUGCACCCAGCAAACUCCUCUUUUAAAAUAGAAAACAAGGUUCGGAUGAAUGCCAGGCCCAAGUUUAGAUGAGCACUCGAUUUUAAACAGUACCUUCUUAAUAAUAUCUCUCCCCUUGCUUUCUUUUUCUUUCCUUUUUGUUUAUCUUUAAGACUUUAAAAAUCUUGCCAUUGUCAUUUAGAAUAUAAUUGUUGCAAUCAGAAGAACAUAAUGAAAACUACAUUUUCAAAUGCAUAUUUUUAUAGGAACUUGAAAAGCUAAUGCAGGCAGGUGUGUAAUAAGUUAUUGUCAAACUGAACAUUAGAAUUCUGCUUCGAGUCAGCUCUCUUGACUUGGCUGUGUUGAAAUCAGAAUCUAUUCUGGUAUUUGAUAGACAAAUAUGUGGGAAAUAUUUUUUUUCAACUUCUUCUCCCUUUUUAUUCCUCCAAACCAUAUUGCUUCUGUGAAACAGAAUCAACUUGAGUUUCAUCUGAUGCCUUUCUACUGUAUCUGAGAUUGUUACUGUUGCGUUGGAAUGCCCCCAGAAGGGGUAGUGAGAAGCAGGUCAUGUGGCUCAAGGGACCCUUCCCACCUGCCUUUCUCAUUGCUGCAUCUGCUUGGCUGGGUUGCAUCAGAUUGAGCUGCAGCAAUGAGAAUAUAGUCACCCUUACAGAACGGUCUCAAUCCAGUGUCUGCUUGACGUGUGCUUUAGGAUGCAGCUGACAGUAGGGUGGCCUUCCGAUGCCUCUCAGUAGCUGGCUUUUAGGUCUUUUUUCCUUUUUCAUCCCUAACAUGAUUUGAUUUCUCCAUUGAGGUAAUCAUCCAGCCUCCUCAGGUGUGACAUCUAAUGAGGUAGGUGUGAGUGAGGAAGGUACUCUUCAGUGGCUGUGUUGUCAGAAUUAGAGUCAGCCGUCAUCCCGCCAGCGCCCACCUGACUGCAGUCAGAUCUCCCCCAGGGGCCCUCUGCGGAAGGAAGGGACGGAGCCUUUGAGGUGCUCAGCAGCCUCAGUAGACUUGUGUUGUUCAUCUGCAUCAUGCUGAGGCUGGGACCACAAUCAUGAAAGGCCCCAUGGGUGGAGUUAGUCGUGGAGUAAAGCACUGUCCUCGUCUCAGCAAACUGAACAAGAGGAUGGCGUGGACAGUGCCCGGCCAGCGAGACAGAUGAGGCAGUCGUGCCUUGCUCACUUGUGUUGGCUUUACAUUUCUAUUAAAAGCCUGGUGUUGCUGAGGUCCAACCUGAAAAACAUGCUCAGUUCUGAGUUUCAGAUAAACCAUUAUAAAAUAUCAAAGUCAGAACACACUGCUCCCUUGAAAUUUGGGUAAAAAAGAUACAACCGUAUAUAUAGUCAUUUUGUAUUUUUUCUAUGUUGUGAAAACCAAGAUUGUAAUUUUAUAAGUCUUUGAUUCACUAAAAUUAUAUAAUUUAAAUGUAUUUUUUGUAUAUUUAGAAAUAAGGAGCUCAAAAACUAUGCUUAACUUUCUAUGCAUGCACUUGAAAGCUGUUUUUAUCUGAUGUUAAUGUAGUAGUAAGUUAUACUCAUAAAACACUGAUACAUGUCGCAUUCCAAAAUAAAUUGGUGUGUGCUCUG